AUGCGGGUGCGUGGACGUGCUUCGGCGGCGGCAGGACUGGGGGUGGGUGUGGGUGCGGGUGCGGUGGGCAUCUCCGUGAGCGCGCUGUCCGGGAGGGAGACAUCCGACGCGGACACGCUGGGGCUCAUCGAGAGCUCGGGGGUGUCGAGGUCGAGCGACACUGCACUCGUGCUGGAUGGUGACCGGCGGCGUGCUGGGGGGCGCGCGGGCUGGCCAUACGGCGACGAGGAGGAUCACGACUGGCGACACGCGGGCAUAGACGCGGGAGCCGACGGGACGCGCGCGUGCGGACUCGACGUGCUCGCCCGCGCUGUCGUGUGGGACGGAGACCGGGACGGUGGGAGGGAGGGGGAGGCGUGCGCGCGCCGUCCAUGUUCUUCGACGCGCGGCCUGCGCGGGUGCGGCCGACCGCCGCUUGUGCUCCGUCGCGCGCACCAGCAUCGAGCCCAAGGCGCGCUGUUGAUCGCAGUCGACCGUGAUAAAGCCUCCGUCUCCUUCGCGGCCGAAUCGGCUCCCACUAGGGGUCGGACACAGGCGCAGACGUGGGCACCGGGAGUGAAGGAUCAACGAGACGCGAUGAGAGGUCGAGAGCUCUCCGUCAAGUGGUACGUCCACUGCAUCCUUGGCUCCGCAUUCAGCCCCAUCCUCAAGGGCCUCAUUGUCUGCCUCCUCAACACCCUCUACGAGCCCAUCCACGCCACCCAAGCAAUCGUGGACGCACUUGCGUGGGAUGUCGCACGCCACGCGGACGGUCAACGCAUCUGCCGUCAAUAUGGACUCGCCGGCCGCUAUGAGGACAGCAAGUGCGUCGAGAAGUGGGGUCCUGGUCCCAUGGGCCCCGGCACCGUCUGCGAUCGAUGCCGCAAGAAAAUGAAGCGCGUUGAGCGGCGCGGAACGUUGGACUCGAUGAGUUUGAACGCCCACCUCCACAACCAGCCUUUGGCAAUCCGCCCCUCGGGCGCUCCACAAGCGGCCCCAGGCUCGUACACCAACAGGCGCAGCUCGCACUCGGGCUCGGACCGCUCCGUCCACCGGACUGACACCCUCCCCACCCACCCUUCUCACUCGUCGCGCGCCCCCAGCCUGAACGGGCUCUCCUCGAGCGCCGUCUACUCCCAGCAAGAUCGCGACCGGGACUACGACCGUGAGAACGGUGCGUCGCCGUAUCACCGCUCGUCUCAUCGUGGCCCUACCCCGCCCAGCAUCGCCACGCUCCCGCGGGACGACUACGACCGCCUCCUCCACCCGUCCUCUGCCCACAAGCCGAACGGGUCGAUGGAUGGCCACGCGCGGACCUUGUCCAGCCGGUCUGUGAGCCGCUCCCCGCACCCGAAACCCGCAGCCACGACAGAGAACACAGGUUGCGGCUCGAAGUCGUCUGUGUCCGACGCCGAUGUGGAGGGCGAGGACGCGGACGAUGCCGAGGCGGAGGUGGACGAGGUGGAUGACGGCGAUGCGGACGCCACGGAGCGCAACACGCUGAAGAAGGAGGACGCAUGA